AUGACAUCAACCCCCCGCCCCCCAUCACGAUCCAGCCUCAUCAAAAAAGCAUCCCGCUACCGCACCCUCUCAAGCCUCCUAUCCAUACUCGACAGAUAUCUCUCCUGGCCCCUCCCCUCAAAGCCAGAGCUCGAAAUCGCCAUCCCCUCCCAAUCCAGCAAAUGCCCCGGCUCAAUAGACCUCCACAUCUUCACCGCACCCUCAAAAGGUCUCUCCUCGCGAGUCCAAUCAACCAAACCCCGACCCGUGCUAAUAAACUUCCACGGGGGCGGCUUCAGCAUCGGCCACGCCCUAGACGACUCCCGCUGGGCCAGCGCAGUCCUAAAAACAUACCCAGACGCAGUGGUCAUAAGCGUCAACUACCGUCUAGCACCCGAGCACCCAUUCCCCGUAGCUCUAGACGAUGGCACAGACACCAUCCUCUGGCUAUGGGAACACGCAGACAGAUACAAUCUGGACAAAACACGCUUCUGUCUAAGUGGUUUCAGCGCAGGAGGGAAUCUCGCUCUUACUGUCCCUUUCAGACUCUACGACGAGCAGCGUAAACGCUCGAAAAUAUCUCUCGCUGGCCAAAUCGCUUUCUACCCCAGUGUGGAUUGGACACAUACGCGCGCAGAGAGGAAUGCUUCGAAUCCAAUCGCUGUGGAAAAAUCUAUGAUCUCUGAUUCUGUGUAUUGGUUUUUCGAUCAUUCGUAUCUGUUUCCUGGCUCGUUGCCCAAAGUCCCGGGUGGGAAUCGGGUUAAUAUGGCUCAUCCGUACCUUUCGCCUGGGAGGGCCGCGGAGGAGGCUUUGUUGGCGGCUUAUGCUCCUGCUGUUGCUAUUUAUACUUGUGCGUGGGAUCAGUUGCUUGUUGAAGGUGAGGCGUUUCGGGAUAGGCUUGGUCGACUUGUUCGGGAGGGGAAGAUGGGGAGUGUUGGUGGGUUUGUGGUUGAGGGUGUUAUUCAUGGGUUUGAUAAGAAGCCUUCUUUUUGGAGGAAGGCCCCUGAGCGGGAGAGGAUGUACUCGGAUGCUUUGAGGGAGUUGGGGAUUAUGUGGAAGAUUGGCUGA